AUGUCAMCCCUCCACAUCCUCCAAUCCCGCCUCAAACAAACCUCCAACGCCCUCAACGAAACGAAACCACUAAUCGACCGCCUGCGAAACUUUACGCAUGCAAUUGGCCAAGGAGACGAAGCGCGUCUCGAACUAGGCGCUGAGAUACACUCACGACUGAAGAAUGUGGAAGAUGAAAUGGAGAUCUUGAGUGUGGAGGUUGAAGGGUUGGACGUUUCGGGUGGGCAGACGAGUAAGAGGAAGAUGACGGGUGAUAUUAGUAUAGGGGAGAAGGAAGCGGAAAGAAAAAGGAUUAUUGGGAUUGCGGAAAGGUUGAAUGGGGAUUUGAGGAGAACGAGAACGGACUUCCGAACGGCACGACUCCAGGMAAAUCGCAAUGCAGAAGCUGCUCGCAGGAAGGAACGAGAAUUGCUAUUUGCGCGACCCAGCGAAAGAGCCGAGACAUCCAAGGGGGCCAAUAAAUUCACACAGAAUGAUGUUGUGGUGAAUGCGUCGAGUGAUGUUACGGCAGCCCUGAGGAGGACACACGAACUUAUGCAAGCGGAGCUUUCGCGAAGUCAGUUUGCGCAAGAAACUCUUGAACAAUCAACCGCCGCACUCUCCUCCCUCUCUGAAUCUUACACCAACCUCGAUACCGUUCUUUCCUCCACCCGAAAUCUCGUCAGCUCACUCUUACGGUCCCAGAAAUCGGAUACGUGGUACCUCGAGACAUCCUUCUAUCUUCUCAUCGGCACAAUCGUGUGGCUCGUCUUUAGGAGGAUACUUUACGGCCCUAUGUGGUGGCUUGCAUGGAUGCCGCUUAAGAUGCUUUAUAAUCUUGUUGCUUCCGUCAUCGGACUGGCAACCAUAUCCGGGUCGGUGGCUACGACGACGAGUGCUGUUGGGACCGGUGGUACGAAAGUUGUAGAUAUACCAGCGGGUACUGACGCAGCGACUGUAGUAAUCGAUGGAGAAGAAGUGCCGGUAAUGAAGACUUAUGAACAAAUAUCAGAUGAGAUGAAGGAUGAAGACAGUGUGCUGGAUAAGAUCAAGCAGAUGGUCAAUGGUGAUCAGUCAGAUACGCAGAACGAAGCGGAGGAAUACGAUGGUCCGCGAAAUCCGAAGAAGAGGAUGUGGGAAGAGCCUGUGGAACAACAUGACGAGCUGUAG